GUUCAUUUAAAAAAACUCUACUAAGUGUUUAUUGUCUUAAAAAUUGUAAAAGCUUAAUAUUUUAUGUAAGCAUAACUAUCAAAUUCUUCAAAUUGUAAUUCAAUGGCUUUCAAUCAGAUAAAAUGAAAUUUUUCCGUAUUUUACUAUCACUUUCUUUUGUAUACGUUUUGGCCGAUAUAACGGCUUAUAAGAGUUUGCUCGCCAUUACAAACACACACAUCCUGCAAGCUUCUAUUUAUACUGAUCCUGUAAAAGGAAAUGGAUUGGAACACGUAAUAAAGACAAUGGUCUAUGAAAACAGAUUUACGUUGGUCAAAAUGAACUUUAUGAUCGCUAUACCGGAGUAUGCAAUCCUUACUGACGAUAACAGAAUAGAAAUUAUAAACCACCAGUUGGAUAUGCGACAAAUGAUAAUACGUGAAUUGCCUAUUCCUGUGCCAAAUACACCAGACCAAAAAUAUAUGAACAUAAAUUUGCAUAAUAUGGGAGAAGCGAGACGAAAAAUUACUAGGAAAGCUUUAAAACAAAUAAUUAUGGAUGAAUUAAAUCGGAAGCAACCGGUUUUCUAUUUUAGCCAGAUGUGUUGUUUUAUAGGAUUGUGGAUGAGUACACAAACCCCAUCAUUAUAUACAAGAACUACUCAGGCUGGCUUUAAGAAUGUUUGUACUAUAACGGACAGAGCCGACCAUGUCAUUAAAUACAGGUCUUUGAAUGGCAUCAUUUGUCAAGUAGACGUCAAUAACAUUGAUGAGAUAAUAAUAGAAUUAAAAGUACAAAUACUUGAAGAACAGUUACAUUAGACCAGAAA